CCACUUUUUACGGUGGACCGCAAACGCAGCGUUGCGUGACCUGACCCGGAAGUUUACGUCAGUUGUUUUCUCCCAGCAACCAAACUGUGCCGUUAGCUGUUGUUCUGCGGGGCGCGGAGACUAAUCUCUGACACGGAUCAUUAAAAUGGCCGAAGUAGAAGAAACUCUGAAGAGGAUCCAGAGUCAGAACGGAGUUCAGGGUGUCAUCAUCAUCAAUUCAGAAGGAAUCCCCAUCAAGACGACUCUGGACAACGCCAGCACGGUACAGUACGCCGGCCUGAUCCACCAGCUGGUGAUGAAGGCCAGGAGCACCGUGCGGGGCAUCGACCCCCAGAACGACCUCACCUUCCUCCGCAUCCGCUCCAAGAAGAAUGAGAUCAUGAUCGCUCCAGAUAAGGACUAUUUCCUGAUCGUCAUCCAGAACCCGUCGGACUGAGAGAGGAGGAGCCGCCGACUCGUCUCUCGCUCUGUCUGUCUUUCUUCUUUUUAUUUUAAACGAUUCUAACAUUCUAAAUCAAAGCGGACGUUGACCAGAAGCUCCUCCCACUCCACCAGGAAGUAACGGCAGGAGGCGGAUCGGAUCUCCACGUUUUACCAUUCCAGUCGAGCCUCGUCCUCCCCAUCGCUGUGUUUAUGGCAGAGAUAUUAGAGCACGUAAAUAAUCCUACACAUCUCAACACUGAGAGAACAAGCCAGAGCUCAUCGAGGAGUCCGAGGAGGAUCUUCACUUCUAAUUAAUGGAAAACAUGAGAUUGUUAUUUAUUGUUUAAUUGGCUGGAGGAGUUCAGUACUUACACCACAAACACUUCUCUGCUCGGCCACGUCAAGUUUCCGAUGGUUAUUUUUAAGAAAUAAAAAACUCUAAAUGUU